GUAUCCUCCUCUUCAACUUCCGGUAAUGGUAGGGCGGUGAAUGUGUCUGUGUGUUCUAUACGUCUGGAUGUGUAGCUAGCGUAAAGUUUUUGUGUCCCCAUUAAUCGUAAUGGAUAGCCAAGGUAAAAAAGUCAUUGUGUGCGACAACGGAACGGGGUUUGUCAAAUGUGGUUACGCGGGAUCCAACUUCCCGGCCUUCCGAUUCCCGUCGCUCGUCGGGAGGCCGAUUCUACGAGCCGCCCACAAGAUAGGUGACAUCGAAAUAAAGGAUGUGAUGGUUGGCGAUGAGGCCUCCAAGCUGCGCUCCAUGCUGGAGGUGGAAUACCCCAUGGAGAAUGGCAUCGUACGCAACUGGGACGACAUGUGCCUGGUCUGGGAUUACACCUUCGGGGAGCAGAAGCUGGACAUCGACCCGCGCGAGUGCAAAGUGCUCCUCACAGAGCCACCCAUGAACCCGCUCAAGAACCGCGAGCGCAUGAUCGAGGUCAUGUUCGAGAAGUACCAGUUCGACAGUGCCUACAUUGCCAUCCAGGCUGUGCUCACACUCUACGCCCAAGGCCUUUACACAGGAGUGGUCGUAGACUCUGGUGAUGGUGUCACCCACAUCUGCCCCGUGUUUGAAGGCUUUGCCCUAAAUCAUUUGACUCGGAGGCUGGACAUUGCGGGCCGAGACAUCACGCGGUAUCUCAUCAAGCUGCUGCUAUUGCGUGGCUACGUGUUCAACCAUUCGGCCGACUUUGAGACAGUGCGCAUGAUCAAGGAGAAGCUCUGCUACGUCAGCUACAAUGUGGAGCAGGAGCAGAAGUUGGCCCUGGAGACAACUUUCCUGGUGGAGUCGUACACUCUUCCAGACGGUCGCACCAUCAAGCUGGGCGGCGAGCGCUUUGAGGCACCGGAGGCCCUGUUCCAGCCACACCUUAUCAAUGUGGAGGGGCUGGGCAUUGCAGAGCUGCUCUUCCAGACGAUCCAGAAUGCAGCGAUGGACGUGCGGACGAAGCUGUACAAGUACAUCAUCCUGUCGGGGGGCUCGACCAUGUACCCGGGUCUGCCGAGCCGUCUUGAGCGCGAGAUCAAGCAGCUCUACCUGGAGCGCGUGCUCCGGGGGGACACGGAGAAGCUCAUGAAGUUCAAGAUCCGUAUCGAGGACCCUCCCCGACGCAAGGACAUGGUCUUCAUCGGAGGCUCGGUCUUGGCCGAAGUGAUGAAGGACAACGACAAGUUCUGGAUGAGCCGCAGCGAGUACGAGGAGAAAGGCGUGCGCGUGCUGGACAAGCUACUGCCUGGUGCUGCCAUCAUGUAACCGGCACUUCCACCUGCAUUCGCUGCGCAGCGAUGCUCGGGGGCGCCGCAGGCGUGCCGGCAGAAUGGGUGCGUCCUUCGAAGCUAUGCUGUGUAAGAAGCGAGCACUACGUUUAUGCCGUUGAAUGGCACGUGUGGGGGCAGUGUUCGGCACUGCAGAGGGCCCGUGCAAUCUGCAGGCUUCACAGAAAACCACGAGCGGUCAUGGCUGUUGCUCCAGAGCAUCGUGCAACAGGUGCUGCGUACGACAGGUGCGAAGGCUUGCAGUAUUUUGACAGGUUAGCAUCGAUGGCUCCCAACGAUUGCAGCGGUUUCACACUAGCGUUGCAGAAACACGGCCGGGCUCUUCUGUCUUGCUAAAGUCGCCGAGGCUGUUCGUUUUGACCAUCUCUUGACGGACCAUCUUUGACAGUGUUCAAUUGUGGCACGCUGCACUGUCUGCCAUUCCUAAACACGACGAGGUUGUAAAGUAAGUUGACGUGGCACCUUGUUUGAGCUCACGUGCCGCGUGGCACUGUUGUCUGGUAUUUCAAGGACAUCUCGACGAGAAGAGCAGUUUGUGGCUCUGACAAGUCGGGAUCUCCGCGCACUUCGCUUUCUCAUAGCGCCUCUCUGCUGCGAGGUAAUUCUUGCUUGCCCUCACUUCUCGAGUGUGCAUUUUUCGGGUUGGCAUCCUGACACUGCCAGUGCCAUUGUUAAAUGUUGUUCCAAUGACGAAUUCUUCUUUUGCGUAGCUUCGCUGUAUAAUCACCAAUUUCUAUUCUAGAUCGACUUCCUUCUCCCUCGAUUAGGUGGCCGGAGUGAUAUGUAGUACUUUUAGACUAGCGAGCACAAGUUGUUACGCGCCAUUUCAACACGGCGUGCGGUUAAUUUGUUUCCGAGUCUCCUUGAGCUGUACAUAUGGUUGUUCUGCCCCCAAGAAUCACUUGAACCGCACGGGUGUGUGUAAGUAGGGUUCGGUCGCAUUUGCUGGCAAAUGAACUUGCACGCCUGUUCCCUCGUUGGCACCUGUGCUGCUUCACAGCGGGGCAAAUUAGUGCACCACUUGUAAUAUAAUGUACAAUAAUCUGAAUAGACUAGUGGUUCAUGGUUAGAGCGUAUGUUGGGACUUCCCCGUUUGAAUAUGUCUGGUCAUUUCAUUCCCUUGGUCGGAUUUUUUCGGUGGUUCUUGCGAAGACCAGUGCCACUCCUGUUGUGAUUUAGCAGCGAGCGCUUCAAGCUGCUUGCACAUUAUUAUAGAAAAAAAAAUUUUUUUCCAUUUAUUUUUUCGGAGCACACAUGAACUGUGCUCCAGAGAACACUUCUGUGAGAAUGAUUGCAUUGUUCAUUUUAUUUUAUAAUAAACAUUCACUUCCAGAUCA